CUCUCUUCUGCACCCUCAUUCAACUCAGAACAUCAUUUGCCGAAUUCCUCGAGCCUCCGUUGCGUUGCUCACGAAGCCCUUUGUGCACACGUACAAGAAUCAGAUCUCACCGGGACAAGCAGUGAACGUUACGGUAGAACAAUGGCAGGCUUAUCAACUAUUCUCAUGGGAAGCAUCCCGGUUGUGGGCAACACUCUCAGUCCUGGUCUGCGUACGCUGAAGCCCCGAUCGCUGUCGACGAGGGGUGUAGUUCGCUGCCAAGCGGGUCCAGGCGGGAACAACCCUCUGAGUGGAUUGAAAGAGUCCGUCGAUGAGGCCACCAAGCGCCCUAUCACGAGGGAGGACAUAAUCCGAAACCAGGAGGAAAAUUUAUCCGAAAAGCAGUCUGUUUUCGGAGCUGUUCCGACCUCUGGGUCCUUCUACCCCCGCCCUGAGCUGGAACGACGACCCGAGACUGGCUCUCGAUCGUUCGGUAGCUUAUUCGCUUUCGAUGGAGCUGCGCCAGAAACCAUCAACGGACGACUGGCCAUGCUGGGGUUUGUAUGGGCUCUCUGCGCUGAGAAACUCACCGGACUGACAGUGAUGGAGCAAAUCUCAAACCCCGCAACUUCUGGUCUCAUCUUUUUUGUCGGAGCAGUUCAGAUCUUCACGUAUGCAUCCCUGAUACCGAUGAUGAAUGGAGAAUCCACAGAUGCCAGGAGCUGGGGUCCCUUCAACGCUCGAGCGGAACGUUGGAAUGGGAGACUCGCCAUGAUUGGCUUCGCUGCUUUGAUUAUUGAUGAGAUGAUCCGUCAGGGACCUCUCAUCCACUAAUUGUACAUUCUACUCCCGGAGUUGGUGAAAUCCGCCAGCAACUUAUUAGCAGCUUUGUGCAGGAUUGAAGAUAGGAAUAAGUCACGGUGUUCAUAUCUCCAAAAGUAGAGAGUUCUGGCUGGGCGGCCCAGCCGGCCAACCCCGUUGCAACCGGGCCUUUUGUUAGUGAUUCGACGAAUUUUCUAUUGACCCAUUAAUGUACAAAUUUACGAUAUUUCCUAUAAUCUCGAUUACAGUGGU